CAAAUUAAAAAUGUGAAAAAAAGGAAAAACCAAAAAAAACAUGACGGCACGUGAUUACUGGGCUGCCCAGUUCUGGCUCCCUGCGGGCGAACCGUGUCGUUGUGGGUGGCACAUAGCUGCACCGCCAAGGAAGCAGCUGUGGCGACGACAUCGAACAUAUUAGCGCAACGGACACACCAAGCAUGGUAUUCAGUGAUCCCCAAAGAUUUUACUCCCUCCGUCCCAUAAUAUAAGAACGUUUUUCAAGUUUAACUUGAAAAAGUUCUUAUAUUAUGGGACGGAGGUAGUACUUAUGAGUAGUCCAGGAUUUUAUCUUAAUGAAUGGUCCCACCACAUAUCAACCUUGAUAAUCAACAAAUGGUAAAAUCCUUGUGUAUUAAACCCGGGUGGUUAGGAUGCAUAACCGCUAAGGUAAUGCUUGUUUGUAUGCACAAGCUAAGCUAGAUAUACUUGUGAAAGUGCGUAUCGGUCUAUGGCUCUAUGCACCGAUAUCGGUUGACAUGUGUUUUUAAACUUGAGGCAUGCAGCCCCAAGACCAGAUUAGUCAACGCGGACAUGCAGCCCCCUCUGUUCUUGUUCAUGUUCAUGGUCUUGGUCUUGGUCUUGGUCAGGCAAGCGAGCAGCCAGGCAGGAAGCAGCCACUCUCGCUAUAGGUUGCGGGAGCUGAUAUACUUGUGGACAUGCCUAUAAGGUAUUGGAGUCUCGGAGAGACAAUCAUCUGCGGCAGCCACGAGCCCACGACUAUGAUUCCGGCAGCAGCUUUGACGGUGUUGCUGCUCCAGCUCCGCCUAUCCACGGCAGCGUCUCAUGUUACGGCCGGUGCAGGGCCGUUGCCGCACUGCCAGACCAGCUGCGGCGCCGUGGAAGUGCCCUACCCAUUCGGCAUCGGCGACGGGUGCUACUGGCCAGGGUUCAACCUCACCUGCGACCGGACACGCGGCAGGGAGCCGCGGCUGCUCGUCGGCGCCGACCUCCAGGUCGUCGAGAUCUCCCUGACCAACUCCACGGUGCGGAUCGUGGACAUCGCAGGCCAGGUGAGGCUCACCUUCUCCGCGGGCCUCGACGGCAACGGCACGUGGGGCGGCCUCGGCGCCGCCAGCCCUUACGUGUUGUCAGAGAUGCGCAACCAGUUCGUCGUCACGGGGUGCAACGUGCAGGUCACGCUGGUUGGGGAGAGCGACGACAGCAGCGGUGGCAACGUCAUCUGCUGCUGCUCCUCCUUCUGCUCCACCAACAACAAGCUGACGGGUGCCCUGACGAGCUCCCCUGGCUACGGCGCUGCCGGCUGCUGCGACACACCCAUCCCAAUAGGCCGCCCCUCCUACGGCGUGGAGAUGAAGUCGCUGGACUCGAGGAACGAGUACGCCCACAGGCUGCCCAUCGCGGUGCGCAUCGCCGAGAGGGGUUGGUUUGAGAGCGCCUAUGCCGUGCUGCUCAACGACUCACCCGGGUACUCACCCUCGCGCCGCCCGGCGGUCCCCGUCGUCCUUGAUUUUGCGGUGGAUUCCAAGCCGGUGAUGCUGCCAGGGAUGGCGACGUCGGGCUGCCCUGUGGACGCGCGGAGGAGCGCGUGCCAGAGCAGCCAUGCCUCCUGCCGCAACGUCUCCGGAAAGUACCGCAGCGGGUACGUGUGCCGGUGCCUUGACGGGUACCGGGGUAACCCAUACCUCGCGGGCGGAUGCAAGGACGUCGACGAGUGUGCGCUUCCGGGCAUGUGCUUCGGCGAGUGCAUCAACACGGCCGGAGGGCACCUAUGCCGAUGCCAGCGUGGCGCACAUGGUGACCCGCGCAUAACAAAUGGAUGCACCAAAUCUUAUCUAGGUUUAAGUGCAGGCAUAGGAGUUGGCAGUGGAGCGGCCUUUCUAAUCAUGGUAAUUGGUGCUAUUUUCGUGACCCGAAAGAUGAAGCAACGCAGGGGGAAAAUGCUCAAGAAGAAAUUCUUCAAGCAAAAUCGAGGGCAUUUGUUGCAACAAUUGGUGUCUCAAAAGGCGGACAUCGCUGAGAGGAUGAUCAUCCCCUUGGUGGAGCUACACAAGGCCACCAACAAUUUUGACAAAGCUCGCGAGAUUGGUGGAGGAGGGCAUGGCACGGUCUACAAAGGCAUCAUGUCAGACCUGCAAGUCGUGGCGAUCAAGAAGUCCAAGGUCGCGAUCCAGAGGGAGAUUGACGAGUUCAUAAAUGAGAUAGCGAUCCUCUCGCAGAUCAAUCAUCGAAAUGUGGUGAAGCUCCAUGGGUGCUGCCUCGAGACGGAGGUGCCGCUACUGGUUUACGAGUUCAUCUCUAAUGGGACCCUUUACCAUCAUCUCCAUGUCCAAGAAACCAUGUCAUCCCUGCCAUGGGAAGAUCGGCUGAGGAUCGCCACCGAAAUAGCAAGAGCUCUAACCUACCUUCACUCAGCCGUGGCGUUCCCUAUAGUCCAUAGGGAUAUUAAGUCCCCAAACAUUCUGUUAGAUGGCACUCUCAUGGCAAAGGUGUCGGACUUUGGAGCUUCGAGGUUCAUUCCUGCCGACCAAACAAAGACCUCGACCGCAGUCCAAGGGACAUUUGGGUACCUAGACCCCGUGUAUUUCUACUCAGGAAAGCUCACCGAGAAAAGCGAUGUUUACAGCUUCGGCGUCCUCCUCAUGGAGCUUCUCACUAGGAAAAAACCAUGCUCAUAUCGGUCAUCCGAGGAGGAAACCCUUGUCUCAUAUUUCACUGCUUCGCUAGAAGCAGGCAAACUGAUUCAUGUGCUAGAUCCUCAAGUGAUGGAAGAAGGCGGCAAGGAAGUUGAAGAAGUGGCUACGUUGGCAGUAGCAUGCACGAGGAUUGAAAGAGACCACCGGCCAACCAUGAGGCAAGUGGAGAUGACACUUGAGAGCCUUGGAGCCGUGCAUGAUAGCUUUAUGCCGAAGUAUCAAGUGGUUGUGGGUACAACCAUGGAGGGAACGAGCCGACAAUAUAGCUUGGAAGCAGAACAUUUGUUGUCAUCAAGAUACCCCCGGUAG